UAUGAUUAACUCAAUUGUUAUCCAGAGACCGUUAUCUGUUUACGAAAACUUCUUCAGAUGCCGAACUGCCAAUCGGUUCUAUAAGACUUUCCAGGUAGCCUCCACAUACUCAAAACCGCUCACCAGAGAUAACUUGGCGGCAGCGCUUCGCAGGUUCCUCCUUGAUUAUCAUCUUUUUGCAUGUAACGUUUUCCUUGAAGAGGGGGGGUAUGUGAUGAAACCAAUAGAUAGGGUCAUGUUUGAUGACGUAUUUGUGGAUAGAAGUCAAGACUCAGAAACAUUUUUGCAUAAAGGUGUUAUUACAGAGGCAGCGAUGACGUGGUUGAAUCAUUAUCAGUUUGAUUUAUACGUUCAAAAGCCCUUGUUCAAAGUAGUAUUGUUUGAUCCAUAUACACUUUCAGUCGUCCUUGAUCAUACCUUGUUUGAUGGAGUGACUGCAAGUUCCUUCCAUGAAGUCUUUUUGAAAAUCUUGGACGAUUUAGAUGCUGACGCAGCUCUCGGUUGUAAUAACAAUGAUGUUUUGUUCCUGAAGGAGGAGGACACUCCCCACUUAACUCACUCUUUGCCACCCCCAAUUGACGAUUAUCUUCCAUCAUGGGACCUCGACUAUAGUGACGGUGAUCCUAAUUACUAUGACAAAGUUACUCCCCCUGGUCUAAAGAAAUUUCCUGGACGGUUUCCCAAUCUGACGAAUCAUACAUUAGCAUUCAAGCUCACUAAUUUCCCUCCAUCAGAAUUGAGAAUGAUGCUAGCCAGGUCUAAGCAAGAAGGUGUCACCCUUACUGCAUACCUUCAGUAUGUCCUUGUGAUGAGUUUUCAACCCGUAUUUGGAGAUACGUAUUACACUGUAAAUAAGGUUGCCAUUGCCUUGCGUAGAUACUUCAGCAAAGAUAAAGCUCCUCCUCAUUACAAACACUAUUUCGAUGAUUUGGAAUACAAAAAUAUGGGGGUACUGGCUAAUCUCGGAUUAGCUCAGAAUUAUCCCCCUCUCAAAAAGUUUAGUUGGGAUGAUGUCAAAAAAGCUAGUGGCAAUCUUGCGGCAGCUGUCAAGAAUGAAAAACUCUUGAAUAUGUCAGUGAAAUUUAGAGAUUCAUAUAAUCCCCUUACUGAUAAUGAAGGAUUUUUCACAGGAAUUGGUGGAAAUAAGUCUGAAACAUCCAAGUUAUCGAAUUUAGGAUUCAUAAAAAUCCCCGAGUACAAACAUGGUUGGACUAUAUCCAAUAUGAUUUUCUCCCAAGAUGUGAGUGCAGUGACUAGUGACUUCAUGUUCAAUUUUAUUUCUACACCAGAAGGAGGUUUGAACAUUGUUACUAGCUAUUAUAACCAUUCCUUUGAGGACUGUGAGGUUGACAAUUUCGACUCCUUCUUAGAGAAUUUCCGCCUGAAUGCCUUGAAGUAUUGUCAACUUUAAUCAGGAUAUGGACAAUUUUGUCCUUUAAUUAGAAUUAAUACUUAAUAGAAAUAGAUUGAACAUGUGAAUGAUUUACAGUUAGGAAUAAGAUAUAGAUUCUAAUAAUCAUUCUCAAGUACUUUGGACAGAAAAUUCAAAUUGUACCUAUUCAAAUUGUACCUAUUCAAACUUGGUUUGUUCAAAGUUAGUGGCUCUUUCUUCAGUUGAGCCUUGCAUAAUUUAGUAGUAUACUAGCUCUCAUUUUUCGAACCGCGCUACGGAAAUACUCAUGGAACAUGAAAGUCGUGGUUUGAGAGACCCAACUACAGGACAAUGGCUCAAUCAAGAGCAAGUAGCGGAGGUCAAGCGAUUCGAUGAAUUUGUGACAAUUGAUUGGGUUGAGGAUGAGCUUCUAAAUCACAGGGACUCGUUAUUAAAAAAUAGAAAUGCUCGGGUGCUAACGUCACUAGGAAUGAGGCUUCUUUCGUUUGCACAGAAUUGGCUUGUACUAGGGGCUAUGGGAAUGAUGAUUGGGCUUGUCGCCGCAUACUUAAGUGUUGUGACUGCUUGGUUAGCUAGUGCUAGGACUGGUUACUGCUCGAGUGGACUUUACCUCAAUAAAUCAUUUUGUUGCUGGGGACAAGAUGAGCAUAACUGCAGUUCUUGGAAUAAAUGGUCGAGGUUUGAGUUCAUUAAUUAUCUUAUAUUCAUAUUAUUAUCAUUGG